GUAGCCAAGCUUGAGGAGAUGGGUACCUACAGCUAGGGGUCUGCAGCACUGGCAUGGUUGUACCGGUGCAUGUGUCGAGUGGCGAACAGACAUGUGGUCAAGUUAGCGGGCCCACUACAGCUACUUCAGUCUUGGAUCUUCUGGCGAUUUCCUCGGUUUAGGCCUGCAGGGUAUGAGACGUUCAGCUGGCCAUUGGCCUCGAGGUGGUCAGGUUACAACCCUUCCGGUAGCGAGAAGGGUCCUAGAGUGUAGAUGUGGAGGCUGAGGAUAGACCGGUUACAGGACAGGGAGUUUAUCUGGAUGCCGUACAGCAGCCCCGACGUACUUCAGGUUGUGCAUCCAGAGGCUUUGGAGCCUCGGCAUAUGGCAUUGUGGCGGUCUGUGACGUCGCUGAUCUACUUUGCCAUCAUAGAGUGACAUCAGAUAGAUCGGGUGCUUCCGCAGUUCGGAGGGGUCCAGCCCCAUCCGAAUCCCGCCCUGAACAUCGACUUUUUGAUGUCGAAGGACGGCAGAGGCGGUGAUCGAUGGUUCCCGUACCAUUUGCAGAAGUGGCAUCUCUAUUGGGACUCCCGUGCGGAGACCGUGCUGAGGUUUGAUGUUGUUGCCGACCCUGGACCGUCGCAUGAGUUCCUCGAGUGGUGGAGUCAGUAUGGAAAGAGGUUCUUGUCUCCGGAGAUGCACUUGGGGGAUCCGAGAGCCGUUCCUAUUCCAGUUGAGGCCUCACAGUGGGGUGCUGGGCGAGUUCCUGACAUAGAUCGUCCUGAGGACGUGCCGGACAGGCGGCGGGUUGAGAGGAGAGCUCGUGUGGGGACACGACGGAGCCAGCGUGACUGGAGGUGGCUUGAGCAUGCUAUGGACGAUGACGAUGAUGCGGGUCCCGCUGGAGGCGGACGACGAGGCCAGGGAGGGAGACGGAGAGGGCGUGGUGUGGCGGACCACCCUGGUCGUGACCCUGACGACGAUCAGCAUGGGCCCGUGGGCGGGGAUGGUGCAGGGACUGUUGCAGUUGCUGGUGUUAGUACCCACGAUGGCGGACAUGGAGGUGAGUGGUAUGGGUCAGGUAUGGGUGACGGGGCUGACCCUGGUGACGCUGGACUCGGGUCGGGGCCUCUUGGAGAUUACUUCGUUGGUGUACCCGCCCAUGACCAGCCUCAGCAGGAGGGUACCCCAUGGGUUAUUCCAGGAUCACAGUGGUCAGACUUUCUUGCCUCAGAUACGCUUGAUACGGACUUCGGGAGUCAGCAGUUUCUAGAGGAGAUUACCGCCAUCAUGCAGGAGGACGUGCCGGCCCGGAGACGUGGUCAGACAUCCGGCACGCAGGCACCUUUAGAUGUUGAUCUGAACGAGCCUCCUACGGCAUCUGUUGGUGACCAUUUUGGUUUGGGAGGUACCCCACCAUCCGCCUAUACUGCUGCAUCAGAGUCUGUUGCCAGGCCUUCUGCGGCACCCAUCCAUGUUAUGCCACCUGCACAGCCUGCCCCGGAUGAGGACACGGAUGAGAUCGAGGAUGAGUAGCCGUUUAUCCGUAGAGGUCAGAGGGCACGGGUACCCCGUCGUUGCUUUACGGGCUCGCAUCUGUUUAGAUGAUUCACGUUUCAUGUAUUUUGUUCCUUAGGGUUCAUUCAUGUAUGAUAGCCAUGUGUACUGUUGUUGUUAUUUUAGAGCUGUUUUCCUUUGUUGUUUGUUCAUCGUAUUGUACUUUGAAAACGGGUGUUUACCGGAUUUAUCAGUGACUAUUUAUAAUCAUUGCAUCAUAUAACAGUUUAAUGUGUACAUUUAUUUAUUAAAUUUUGCAUUUA